GUGGGCGGUCACGUGAUGGUUAUGGCCGCACUCUCGCUGGUGGCGGCCUGUUGGGGUAGAGCGGCCGCGGGCGGGUCAGUUCAGCUUCCGGCGGCUCCAGGGAGCAGUGUCAGGGCCAGGGAGACGAUGGUCUCCGUGACUAUGGCCACUUCCGAGUGGAUCCAGUUCUUUAAGGAAGCCGGCAUUCCUCCAGGACCUGCCGUCAAUUAUGCCGUGAUGUUUGUGGAUAAUAGGAUUCAGAAGAGCAUGCUGCUGGAUCUCAAUAAGGAGAUAAUGAAUGAGCUGGGCGUGACCGUGGUGGGUGACAUCAUCGCCAUUCUCAAGCAUGCCAAAGUGGUGCACCGUCAGGACAUGUGCAAAGCUGCCACUGAGUCAGUACCCUGCAGCCCUAGCCCCCUUGCAGGCGAAAUUCGCCGUGGCACUAGUGCUGCCUCCCGAAUGAUCACCAACAGCCUGAACCAUGACUCUCCACCCAGCACACCCCCCAGGCGCCCGGACACCAGCACCUCCAAGAUCUCGGUCACUGUGUCCAACAAGAUGGCAGCAAAGAGUGCCAAGGCCACUGCAGCCCUGGCCCGCCGGGAGGAGGAGAGCCUGGCUGUUCCUGCCAAGCGGCGCCGGGUCACUGCUGAGAUGGAGGGGAAGUACGUCAUCAACAUGCCCAAAGGCACCACACCCCGCACCCGCAAGAUCCUGGAGCAGCAGCAGGCUGCAAAAGGUCUCCAUAGGACGUCUGUGUUUGACCGCCUCGGCGCCGAGACCAAGGCAGACACCACGACAGGGAGUAAACCCACAGGAGUCUUCAGCCGCCUGGGGGCCACCCCAGAAACGGACGAGGAUCUGGCUUGGGACAGCGACAAUGACAGCAGCAGCUCUGUCUUGCAGUAUGCUGGGGUCCUGAAGAAGCUAGGACGGGGCCCAGCCAAGGCCAGUCCCCAGCCAGCACUGACUGUCAAAGCCAAGGCCACAAGCUCAGCGACAACGGCCGCUGCCCCGACGCUGCGGCGCCUGGCGGUUUCCUCAUGGUCUGGGCUUGAGAGGAAGCCGGAGUCCUUGUCUAAAGUCAGCAUCAUCAAGAGACUGGGCGCAGCUGCCCUUGUGCCCGAGGCCCAGGACAGCCAGGUCACCAGCACCAAGAAUGGAGUUUCGCUCUGUUACCCAGGCUGGAGUGCAAUGGUGCGAUCUCGGCUCUCUGCAACCUCCGCCCCCCGGGUUCAAGCAAUUCUCCUGCCUCAGCCUCCCGAGUAGCUGGGAUUAUAGGUGCCCGUCACCAUGCCUGGCUACUUUUUUUUAUAUUUUUAGUAGAGACAGGGUUUCGCCAUGUCGGCCAGGCUGGUCUUAAACUCCUGACUUCAGGUGAUCCACCUGCCUCGGCCUCCCAAAGUACUGGGAUUACAGACGUGAGCCACCGUGCCUGGCUAAUGUCUCUCUUUUUCAAGGUGAGAAACACAUCUUUUGAGCUUUCCCAGGGGCUCAACUGGCAAAUUCCAAAGUUAAUUCAAGGUCAAAAGACUGAAUUUAGAAUUUGAUUUUAGGAAGUUUGUCAAAAAUGUAAAAAAAGAUUUAAAACACUUGAUGAGUGCUUGCUUUGGCAGCACAUAUACUAAAGUUGGAAUGAUGCAGAGAAGAUUAGCAUGGCCCCUGUGCAAGGAUAACUCACAAAUUCAGGAGGCCUUCCAUAUUUUUUGAAAUUAAGAAAAGAAAAAAGGAAAAAUUUGAUUAAUAGGAUCUCAGGUAACUAUUAAUUUAGGUCACUAAUAGUCUGGUUACCAGAGUGAUUAUUGAAUUAUAUAGUGAUCUGGGAUCCUAUUUAAUCAACUGUUCAUUUUAUAAUCAUUUAAUAUUUUAUGAUUUAAGCAUUUAAUGAGCAUUUAAUAUUUAUUAAUAUUCAUUUCAUAAUCACCAGGGUAAUUAUUAAAAGGCUUUGAAGGCAAAUAAAGUUAUAUAGUUGUAAAAAUAUAUAUAUUAGCUCUCUUAAUAGAGAGGAUUUUAUUUUCUUGGAAAGUAAUUGAAGGCCUGAUAAAAGGUAAUAUGAAAGAGAAAAUUAUUUUGAUAAGACAUAAUUUUUUUAAGGCAGAUUACUUAAAAGGUGAAAAAGAAAAUCUUUCACUCUUUUUUAUCAAUACUACAAGAAAAUCUUGCAUUUUAAAAGAUAAUGCCAAAUUCUAGUUUUGCAUCAAUGUACCCUUGAUAUUAAGGCUCAUUUUUAAGACAUAAUAAAUUCACUCAAUUUUGGUCAGUUUGACCACAAAAGAUUCUCUCUUUCCGACUUUUAUAUGCAUUCAGUUUUACCUGUAUCUUUUCUUCCUUCCUUUAUUCUGCAACAACUUAUAAACUAGACUAAGUUAUUUUUCCUCAACAAAACCCCCCCACAUCUUCAUACCUCACUAACAUCUUACUUUCCUUGUACACUUUGCAUACAGAGUCACUUAUAGUAGUUACAUAAUUAUAUAUUAGAAUUUUAAGUCUUAGCAACUCUACAGCGAAACCUAGGAAUUAAGCGAUUUUGAACUGUCAUGAGCUAACAUUUUGUGAAGACACAUAAUUUCUAGAAACGUGUUUUCUCGCAGAAUAGUUUUUCAGUAUGAAACAGGACAUGUUUACCUAUGGACCCAAAUAUAUUAUUUCUUUCUAUAAAUUUUAAGAAGCCAAAGGUAAAUAAACUUGUGCCUGUGUUGAGCAAUGAA